CGGGCGCCCUCUAUGAACUCAACGUGGAAAUAUUUGUGUCAAAUGUUUGAAAAAUGAAUGUACCUUUUCAUUGUAGGAAUAUAUCAAGAAAUUUAUGUAAUUACCAUGUGAUGCCUAGGAGACCUCUUUUGAAAAGCGACUCGAAAUGGCGCGAAUACCCCUCGAUUUGCCACUGUUCAAUAUCAACAUCGGGAAACAACAUAACCUCGCUUUUGAAGGGCAAGGAAAAUUUAAAAUACAGAAGUUUAGCGGAAAGCUUCAGGAGAUGCUACAGCGUCGAAGAGAAACCGUCCACCAAUAAGCUGCCGCCUCUAAUGAAUUUUCCCAAAAUCGUGUGGCCUUCCUUAAUCAAAUCCAUGAGAAAUUUUGUUUUGGCCACUUUCAUUAUCAAACCUUAUUUAGAUCGCGAAUUCAACCUGCCGGACUUCAUUUCGGGGUCCAAACGAGCAGUAGAGGUGGUAUCACAUAAAUUAUCAUCCGGUGAUUUAAAGAAAUUAAAUGGUUUAGUUACGUCAGAUAUUCUGCCAAAUUUGCAGCAAAACGUGGCUCAAAUGUCUUUAUCUCAAAGAGAACAGAUUGCAAUUAACGUGGACGAUAUUUAUUUUUCAUUUCCUUACCAGGUUGGAAUAAUUUUCAAUGAUGAAGAUACAGAUCAAAAGCGAUUUGUUGAGAUUACAAUGGUUUACCACACGUUAAAAGGACUGGCGGCUAUGAGAGAACGUGGUGAUGAGCCCCCGUUAAAUAUGGGGAUGCUGCCCGAAUACCAAAACAGAAUUUCUAUUUGUAAUUAUCGUUUCGUUAGGGAAUUCACUAAAGGGGUGGAUAGUGAAUGGACUGUAAAUUCGUUAAAUCAUUUUAAACCCAUCGAUGAACAAGAAUAAUAAAAUUAUACCAUUAAUGUUGUCUUACUGGAAAAAUUAUUAAUUUAAUAAAAUUUAGGUUUUAAUUGAGAA